AUGCUCCAACUGACAGCCUUGUGUGGGUUUGGAUCUGUACUCUGGUAUAGGAGUAAGGGAAACAAGGGAACCGCCAUCAACACCCAACAUGUAUCUGAUACCGCGGCUGAUGAAGCCGCUGGUACAGACCCAGGCCUGUUGAAGAAGUACUCCACCGUUCGCUCCUACACUGUCCCGUCAACUGGAUUCGUCUACCCCAGGCUCCGGACCUUUUACCGCCCACAUCACCAAGAGGACAAACUCCCCAAGGAUCCAUGUCCUGUUCCACUACUGGUGUUCAUUCAUGGCCUCGGGGGCUCUAUCGCUCAAUUCAGUCCCAUCCUUAUCAGUCUUUCCAAUCUUGCCCCUUGUCUGGCCGUCGACCUCCCUGGAUGCGGUGUAUCAAGCUUCGAGCCAAAGACAUGGGGCGCCUACACCACGGAAGCCCUGGUGCAGCUUCUCGCCGUCGUUAUCGAAGCACAUCGUGGAGUCAAUGAUGGACAGCCUAUCGUUCUUGUUGGCCACAGCAUGGGAUGUUCACUUGCUGCGCUCCUGGCUUCUCCAACUUCACCACACGCACAUCUCCUAUCGCAGCAUGUCAGCGGCUUGAUUGCCAUCUGCCCCAAAGCUGAACCUCCUACUGAAGAAGAAGUCAAGAAGCUACGCUCUGUCACAUUGAUGCCUGCCGCUCUUUUCGAUCUGAUUAGACGUUGGGAUAGAAGAGGAGGUGUCAACAGCAAGAGCGUGCUACGCAUGGCAGGAGUGGAUUCUGACGACGAGACGAAGAAGCUACAAUUGCGCUUCAACAAGCAGAGCCGGAGUGCUGUGUGGUUGAGGAUGGCCCGUGGAAUGUGUCCCGACUACUCCAGUGGCUCGCCGGUAGGGGGUCUCCCAGGGAAGGAGGUCUGGGAAGGACUGAACAUUCCGGUGUUUCUUGCUGCUGGUGAGACUGACACAGUCACUCCUGCGUCGAACGUCAAGCAGAUUGUCGAAUUUCUAGGAAGAGAUGUUAGCGCGAUCCAGCCACCGAGCGAGAUGGCGAGCCUACCCAUUGCAGCAGCCCCCUUCGUACCCUCCGCGGUCCUCCCUGACAACGACAACCCGGGACGUACAGAGCACCAAGAUUCCGGUAUCGAUGUCGAGGACCUACCAAAAUUAGAAGACGACACCAAGACCAUCGAAUCAACCGCUAUAUCCACCACGGACGUCAGCGUCUCUUCCACCUCAGAAACAACAGAAGGCAGCGUAAUCACCACCGACGGCCCCCUCCUUUCCGCCACCACAACCCCCAUAACCCCCACCACCCACACGCCCUCCCCGCACCCCCGCCGCCUCGUCGUCAAAACCGCCAUAAUGCCCAAACCAGCCGCACACUCGCUCCUCUUCGCGCCCUCCACCUCGCGCAUAAUCGCGGGCCUAAUCAACACCUUCUUCAUCGACUACAUCGACCCACGCCUCUCUCUGGCAUGGCAACUCUCCUACCUCUCCACAGAAGGCAAAUGGGACGUCAAGAACCUCGCAAAAUGGAAAGCCGUGCCCCCCGUCUCCGCACCCAUCGCCGGCGUCUUCCGCGCCAUGAAGACACUAAGAGAAGUCGAUGAGGAACACACGCCCAAGGUAUUGACAAGACAGUGGAAGGGUAAACUAUGCGCCGUAAUCGACAUCUCGCACGACAACCCCGUCUACGACCCCAAAGGCCUAGAAGAAGGCGGAAUCCCCUACCACAAAUUCCCCACCGUAUCCAAGCAACCGCCCCAAGCAGCCGAAGUCAACGAUUUCUUCGAUCUCGUCGAUAAGAUUCGUGCGGAAGGGAGGCCCGGGUUGAUUGGCGUACAUUGCCAUUAUGGGUUCAAUCGCACGGGCUUCUUUCUCGUGUCUUAUCUGAUUGAGAGGUUGGGGUAUAGUGUUGAGGAUGCGAUUGAGACGUUUAAGACAGCGAGGCCGCCGGGGAUUAGGCAUAGCCAUUUUAUUGAUGCGUUGUAUGUUAGGUAUUGUCGCGGGUUGAAGAGGGCGCCUACGCUUUAA